CUACCAAAUAGAUAGUGUGGAUGUCCAUCACACGACCUCAUGGGAAGCUCUAGUGAGGUGGACCACUUGGUACCAUUUCCCUAUAUAUAAAUAUAAUCAACAUAUUUUCCAUAUAUAAUCAACAGAAUGGCAAUCCUGCAGCUGACAGCAAUUAAUCGGGACAAGGCUUGCAUGAUGAUGAAUAUAACUAAUAAAACUAAUUGGACGCGACCCAGACCCGACUCUAACCGAGUCCAUGUUAAUGGACCCGACCCGAUUCUGACGAAUCAAAGCAUUUGUACCUGGACCCGUUGAAUUCUGGACGGGUCCAUCGGGUACCGCUGUAUGUUUAAUCAAGAGAAACCCAGAGUCAUUCCUGUAAUUUACCAAAGCCUAUAUAAACCCUUCUAAUCCCCUCUCUCUCUUUCCCUCCCAUUUCCAGAACCUUCGAGACGGAAAAAAACGAGAACAUGGAAGCGGCAGCAGCUCUUCCGAAUACCCAAUCCGCUCCUUCAUCUUCCUCCCGAAUCCCUGACGACACCGUAUUCUACUCCAUAUACCCCGAUUUCUCCCUCUCAAAACCCCCGUCCGACGUCGAUGCACUGAUCUCCUUCCAUCUCCAAAUCCUCGACUUCAUCCAACCUUACGUUUCCGACUACAUCUGGCAACACCAGCAGUUCAAUCUCUCCAUCUCUCCGAACCCUCCGAUCCCUCAUCUCUACGGAAAAUCCAAGUUCGGCGACAAUCUCGACGACGAAUGGUUCAUCGUCUUCCUUCUCUUCGAGAUUUCCCGCCAAUUCCCGUCGCUGUCUGUCCGUAUCAGCGAUUCCGAUGGUGAAUUCCUUCUCAUCGAGGCUGCGUACUCCCUACCCCGUUGGAUCAACCCCGAGACCAGCUCGAACCGUGUCUUCAUUCGUCAGUCCGCACUACACGUCGUGCCGAUGGCCCGGCUCUCGAACCCAACCAUAUCUGAAGCAUUGCAGUUUAUGAUUGAUCAUGGUGAGGAAUCUAGAGCGUCGGAUGCUGUCCAGUCCGCGCUGGGUCGCCGGAUCUCGGAGUACCCCGAGCGAGCGCGGGCUAACAUCUACCGGGCCAAUGUACGGGUCCCGCUCCCUGUCGCGCAAGUGCUGAAGCAUGAGCCGUGCCUGAUUGCCCUGGCGGUGGAGGGGUUCUAUGACCGGGAUAUAGAUUCGAUGAAGCACGCUGCCCGGAUGGAGAAGUUCGGAGGGAGGGAGGAGGAGAUGGUGCGGGUUUCAGUACGGAUGUCGAGGGCGAUGUACGCUCAGCUGGUGCAGCAGAUGUUCCAGGCACCGAGGGUUUACCCAAUGCCACCGAGGGGUGAUGGGCCAGUGUAUGUGGAGGCGGAGCUUGGGAUGAAGAUAGCUUGCGGGUUUGAGAUGGCAUAUCAGGAGAGGUGGCUGGCUGGGGUGGAAGGGAAAGGGAGUGGUUUGGAUGCGUAUAUGGACAGCUUGGAGAGGAGUGGGUAUUUUGAAGGGCUGAUGCCGGGGUCGAAAGAACACCGGCGACGCAUGGAAAAUGCAAUGGAGUACUAUAGAAAGAGUGAGCUGUUUUCUCGGAUGAGCAAGACGUUGAAUGCUCCGGUGAGACGCAUUGAUGAGAUUCUCACAUCGCCCCAUUCGGUUGAUGAUUUUAGAGGUCUUGAUCUUCCGCCUUCAGACGAUGAUUCUUGGCUCUACAAUGGAGAGGAUGAGUUGAACUCGGCUAUUCUGGAGAGACAGAAAGAGAUGGAGAUUUAUGAAUCACAACGUAGUAAAAAUCAAAAGUCAAGAAAACAGAAAGGAACUGAUCACUCUUCUGAUAUGCAGUUGGAUGAUUUUGAUCUUGGCAACUUUGCAAAGACUAUGCAAGCAUUUGUCGAUAAGGUUUCCAGCUAUGAAGGAGCAGAAGUUCCUCAAAACAGGGAUUCAAAGGAAGUGGAACUAGAUGCAGAUCGCUUUAUUAAAGACAUGGAAUCAGCCCUGGGUCACAUGGAUCGUGAAGACACUGCUCAGGGUGCUGAUUCUGAAGAAGGCGAUUCUUCGUCAUCAGAUUUGGAUUUUGAUGAGUCCGAAGAUGGGAGUGAUGUUGGUGAUCCAUUAGAUGAGGACAUGGGGAACACUUUUAUGAAUUCCUAUUCUGAUGCACUAAAAGAGGAGCUAAAGGCAACUACUCUUAAGAAAAGUUUCAUCCGUGCAAACGAACAGCCUGCUGUGAACGAUAAGGAGGGAACAUCAAAUGCAUCGAAGGAGGACAUGGACGAGGAUUUCACCCCUGUAGAUGUUGAUGUAAACCUUGUGAAGAGCCUUCUUGAUUCCUUCUCUUCUCAACAGGGCCUUCCAGGCCCCGCAUCCAAUCUGCUUGGACUCAUGGGUUUACAGCUCCCCCAGGAUGCAAGCAAGGGUAAAUGAUAUGUUUCCCUGUAACAGUGUGUUCUAUAACUUCAGGCCAGCCAUGUUUUGAGGCUCAUUUAUGGCACUGUACUUCAUCCGGUAAUCAGUUUAAUACAAGCGGGUCUGCACGAGCGGUGAGCCUUCAACUCUACCUUGUGCCAUGACCUGUUAAAAAGGCUGUGUUAGUAGGGCUGUAUAUAUACUUUAGAUAAUGAGAAUAUUGUGACCUUGCAGCGAAAAUCCAAUUUUCUCAGAAGGGAAAAGGAACGAAGGCAUUAAAAUGCAGAAUGUGAAAGAUACCAAUGUGUGUAGGAUUUUACAUUUGCCAAUGGAUAUUGGGCUUCUCUUUA